GACAUCACCAUGGCCGACGGGGACGUCUACUCGUUCGUGGCGGAAUGGUUCGACCCACAAGCCGAAGUCUUAAGAUCGUUCUUGCUCACGUACUACGUCAAUGAUGGCUCCCUUGAUAUGGUGGACAAAAAGUCACUCAAGCCAUUCUUAAAGCGCAUCAAGUUUCCCAGCUUGAAAGUCGUGGACCUGUUUGUCGGUGCUUGCGUGUCCGUAUAUUCCCGUCAAAUCAACCUCGUCGACUGCGCCAACGAGUACACGCGCCACCUCCUCGCCUCCCGCGGCACGAACAGCCUCUUCCUCAUCAAACCCGCGGGGUAUCGAUCCCUUGGACGCAUCCUGUCGGCGCUCGAGGGAUGCCACCUCGCGCUCGUGAAGAUGCGCAUGAUUCACAUUAAGACCACGGACUUGCCCCUUGUCAGCAAACACAUCGACAGCAUCGAUCCAUCUCCGGCCAGCGCGCAAGAGUGGACACGUGACUUCUCUGUGGCCAUCGAAGUGUCAAUUGGAGCCCCUGCCGCCGUGGCGGACGCCCUUCGCCAGCUCGGUUCCGCUCGAGAUUUUGUCGUCACCGGUCGCGCUGCGCCUUGCUUCUUCGACGCCGACGCGUUUCCCACCACCGCCGCCAUGGACGACUGCUCCACGCUCUGCCUCAUCCGACCACGAGUGGUCAAGACCGGGCAAUGCGGCGCGGUGGUCGAUGCCAUCCUCUUGGCGGGGUUUGAAAUAUCCGCACUCAAGCUCGUCCACGUUCCCGUUGCAGCCAUCGAUGAGUUUCUCGCGAUUUACAAGCCCGUGACCCGCCAAUACCACGAACUGGUCAAGUACAUGUCAAGUGCGCCGUUGGUGGCGAUUGAAGUCCGAGGCAACGACAUCGUCCCGCGUUUUCAGUCGUUUUGUGGUCCGUUCGACGUGCACGUGGCGCGGGAGUUGGCCCCCACGACCCUCCGCGGCAUUUAUGGUCUCACCAACAUGCAGAACGCCGUGCAUUGCACGGAUAGCCCCGAAGACGGAAGCCUCGAAACCCAGUUCUUCUUUCGCGUCCUGGCAUAAUACACA